UUUAUCCACAAACUGGAGGGGUGGCCAAAAUCGACGGCUACGGAGAUAAUGGAGAUCGUUCAUCUUCUUCCUCGUCCUUUCUCGCCUCCAAGUGACGUUGCCGGUGAUUGAACUGAGCAGUGUGUCGAACAACUCUAGGAAUGGAAUUUCCGGAAUGCUUCGUGUUCGAUUCUCGUCGAUUAAGACCGUAGAGUUUCCGCGUAGGAUGUUUUUGCAGCUCUCUGGGUUGGGUUCGGUCCUGUCGCUCCUCGAUCUUCCUGGUUUGGCGGCUGAGAUGAAGGAACCUGAAGUGACUAGGACUUUGAAGCUCCCUAGUGGUGUGCGAAUUCAAGAGAUUCUUGAAGGGGAAGGACCAGAAGCUCAUGAAGGUGACCUGGUUGAGGUGAACUAUGUUUGCAGGCGUGCAAAUGGAUAUUUUGUUCAUAGUACUGUGGACCAAUUCAGUGGAGAGAGCUCUCCUGUCAAACUUCCGUUGGAUGAGGACCAAAUCAUAAAGGGCUUGAAGGAAGUCUUAAUGGGCAUGAGAGUUGGAGGAAAGCGUAGAGCUUUGAUACCUCCGUCUGAAGGGUACGUAAAGGAGACACUGAAGCCGAUCCCCGAAGAGUUUGGACCACGUCGUAGCCUUCUGUCUCAUGCCAAAGAGCCGCUGGUCUUUGAGGUUCAGCUCUUGAAAGUGUUAUAACUGUGUCGUUUGUUUGGCAGAGUUUCUGACCUUGGUUAUGGUGUUUUGCCUUGUCACUGCCACAAAAACCUCGGAUUUGGAGUUUGGAAGAUGAACAUGCGUGUAUAUGUGUGUAUCUGCUUUCCACUUCCAUUCAUAUUAAAAUUAGGUUUGAUUGA